CGCCGCAUCGGCUGGUGGGGAUGAACAGUUCCGCGUUCUUUUUUUCCCUUUCCUUUCCUUGCUUGUGUUUUCUUUUUUCCUCUUUCUCUUCUUUCGUUCGUUUUUGCGCCCCAAGGGAUUUCCUGGGCCAUGGUUCAUGGCAGGUGCAGACCCUUCCUUUUCGUGCGAUGCAGGAAGAGCGCCGCAUUCGUUUCGUGACUGCAGACUGCAGAAUGCAGGGUGCAGACUGCAGUUGGUGAUUUUUUGAUUGCGGACUACACACACUCCCGUUGGCGGUGGUGGUGGUGCAGGCGGUGGUGGAGAUGCUGGUGGGGUUGUGGCCUGUUGACCGUACAUGCAUGCUCCGCCUAGAUCGCCG